AUGGCAAAGGGAAUAGAAAUUAGUACAUCAGAGUCCAAAUUCAUAUUGGAGGCCUUGAAACAGAAACAAAGGCUAGAUGGUCGUACAUUCGAUCAAUUUAGAGACGUAGAUAUAAAACUGGGCGAGGCCUUUGGGGACGUCACUGUCACCAUGGGUAAAACGAAGGUUCACUGCCGUGUAAGUUGCGAAAUUGCACAACCCUAUGAGGAUAGGCCAUUUGAAGGACUUUUCCACAUAACAACGGAAACGACGCCAAUGGCUGGAGCACAAUUUGAGAAUGGGAACAAUACAGGAGAAGAAGAAGUUCUAAUUAGUAGAAUGAUCGAGAAAUCCGUUAGAAGAUCAGGAGCAUUAGAUGUAGAAGGUUUGUGUAUAGUAGCAGGGUCGAAAUGCUGGUCACUAAGGGCUGAUGUGCACUUUUUAGAUUGUGAUGGAGGAUUAAUUGAUGCUAGUUGUAUCGCUGUAAUGACAGCUCUAUUGCAUUUCAGAAAGCCAGACGUAACUGUUCUUGGCGAAAAAAUAACAGUACAUCCAGUUGAUGAGAGGGAGCCCGUUCCAUUGGGUGUUUUGCAUGUACCGGUGUGUGUUACUUUCUCCUACUUUAAUCCUGAUGACACAGAGGAGAAUAUCAAAGGUGAACAAAACUCUGAAAUUGCUAUCAUUGAUGCCACUUUGAAGGAGGAACUAUUGAGAGAUGGUGUUCUUACCGUGACUCUUAACAAAAACAGAGAAGUUGUGCAAGUUUCAAAAGCUGGUGGGUUGCCAAUGGAUGCAUUAUCGUUAAUAGAUUGUUGUCACAAGGCUUACGGGAUUGUGGAGAGGAUUACAGAUCAAAUACAUCGAACCGUUAAGGAAGAUAUUGCCUCGAGAAAUCAAUAUGCUCAUAUUUUGAGCUCAGAAAACUCUCGUCAAAACUAG